AUGGAGAAUCCGACCGUUAGUGGAUUGAGGUCAAGGUCCCGAUCGAAGACGCCGUUUUUACGUUCAAGCUGUGACCGGGACAACUGCUUGGAAACUGAAGAGCAUUCCCACCAAAAGUCAGGACGCAAAACUCCGAUUAAAAGGAGCACACCUAUUAAGCAGCUAAAACCACCCUCAAAAAAAGGCAGCAUAGAUUCAGUACAAGAAGUUGAGGAGACUCCAGCUCAUCGCACAAGACAGGCAACUAAGACGCUUAUCAAGACAUCCGAUUAUUCCUCUGAAGAGAGCUUGGAUAGAGUGAAAGCACAUAGGAAGGAAAUUUAUCAGAACGAAAUCAACAGUCAGUAUGAGAGCGUGUCCAGCUCUCGCCACUACAGCACGCUAGCUGACGUCACUCUAAGUCCAAUCAACACGCACAAUGUGACGCACGACAGGUCAUCCCGAAUCGGUAGUCCGACAUACAGCGCAUGCUCCACGGACAGCUCGUUCGCUGAACAAGCCUUAGCUGAUGCGAGCGCCCUUCUCGACAGAGAUCCUAGUUCAGACCACCUACCUUACAGAUUGUACAAGAUGGCAGGCGAGUACUGGAACAAAUACCCGAAAACAGACUACACCUACUCGCCCAUGUCCCGGGACAGAGUGGAGCUGGCUCCAGGUCAAGUGGCCGUCCCCAAUAUGUCUCGACGAUCCCUCUCGCAGUUCAGGCUUCAAGGCCCCAACUCGGUGGAUGAACCGGACAAAAUGAUGUCCACCUGGUCGAGCACUACCACAAGAAAGCGGUUCACGACGAUAGAGAGUUCAGACGACGAAGGCCCAUACAUCGGUAAUGGGGGGUACGCUGUCAAGGAGGAGCGCUGGUGGUUCACACAACUCUUGACUUCCAUCCUGACAACCAUCACAAACAGCUCUCGAAACGCCUAUAGAAAAAUCGUGGGCCCAUCGCAUAGAUAUCCUUACACUGACAGGAGACCGGCUAAAGCCGGAAUUAUGUCACGGACUGCAAGUGUAGCGGCUGCGCCGUUUUUCUGGAUCUACACGAUCAUCAAGACGAUGGUUACGACAACGGUCACUACAGUUACUGAAACGAUUUUACCGAGUAAAUCGAUGCAAACGGAGAAAUAUCGUGCAGCGAGUUAUCAGGAGAAAUCUGCAAAUCGUAAGCUCUGGCCUCUGUUGCUGCUGCUGCUUCCUGUGCUUGGCUAUGGAUUGCACUACUCGUAUGAAAACAUGGAUGAUAUUAUCAUACCGAACUUUAGCGAUAUUUAUAUAGAUUUGUCUGAGUUCACCGCUAAAUCCCUGCAAACUUACAAGCCGACAUUGCCCUCACUGCCCAAGAUCUCCCUGCCAGAGAUUAACUUGACGUUACCCAAAAUCGAUUUGGCGCCCAAGAUGGCGGACGUGUCGAAAACGUACACCGUAUACAAGGACGCGGUCCAGAAUAGGAUGGUGGAUGUCUCCGAUUAUAUGCAAGUGGUUGCGGAUAGUUGUUGGGAGGAAAUACGCCGGUACUGGAGUGAUUAUAAAUACAGCCCGCCCAGCCUCAACGAUACAUACACGCCGCCAGUACUCAACCCGGAUGCUGAUUUGAGCAAACGAGUGACCGCGCUCGAGAAUUGGGCGAUCAAUGUCGACAAUCGAUUGAAGUUAUUCGAUGCCAAACUAUCGAAAUUCGACGAUCUAGAAUCGAGGGUCGAGCGGUACUCGUUCGAGCAUUUGCAGCAGAAUUUGAUUCAGAUCCUCUCUGUUAACGAGAAUAGUGAAGCGGUGGCUGGCAAGCUGAAGGAAUACUUCGAUAAGAGUUAUAUCAAGAGGGACGAGAUGCAAAUGCUGAGUCAGCAGAUUCAUGACAGGUUGAUAACGUCGUGGAAGCCCGACAUGAGCGAGGAUGAUAUACGGAAACUGGUGCAGGGGCAUUUAUUAUCAGUGGAGAGACGGCAGAUGGAGAUGAUAGUUGAGAAGGUGAAGGAGUACGUGGGGAGGAUGGCAGUGGCAGCGCCGGCGGAUCACCCUGAGUCCUAUGAUGGAGAGGAGAUACGACGGCUUGUAUCGAGCAUGCUUGAGAUAUACGAUGCUGACAAGACUGGAUUGGUGGAUUACGCGUUGGAAUCUGCAGGUGGUCAAGUAAUAUCAACCAGAUGCACUGAGCUCUACCAGAUCAAGACGAAGCAGUACUCUAUCCUAGGUUUGCCGGUAUGGUGGGUUUACACCUCGCCGCGUUACGCUCUUACCCCGGGGAAUAUGCCAGCGGAAUGCUGGGCUUUCCAGGGAUUUCCGGGUUACUUGGUUAUACGCACGUACGCAAUUAUAGAAGUGACAGGCUUUUCUUUGGAACACAUGUCGCGGCUGCUCGCCGCUGAAGGGAAAAUUGAGUCUGCGCCUAGAAACUUCUCCGUUUACGGUCUCCACGGUGAACUAGACCCCGAACCUCAUCUUUUCGGAAACUACGUAUACGACGGCAACAGCACAGCGAUACAGUACUUCCCCGUCCAAUACCCAAAAACAACAAACAUAGGGGGCGUGGAAUACCCGGUCGCUUACGACAUUGUGGAAUUGCGGGUGGAGAGUAACCAUGGCAACCCGACGUACACCUGCGUCUACAGAUUCAGGGUACAUGGCAACCCGUUGAACGACAUCCGACAAGCCACAGAGGACAGCAUAAGAGAUAGUGAAACGUAG